AUGAUCCUUGGUGAUUUUAAUGCUAGAACUAAUACACUUGAAGACUUUAUCUCUAAAGAUGGCAGCAAUUUUAUAAACGACACUAGUGAAAACUGCUUACAACCAAAAAACAGAUUAAAUUUUGACAACCAAAUUAAUAACCAUGGUAAACAGUCAAUUAAUCUAUGUAAAAACUGUGACAUGAAAAUUUUAAACGGACGCACAAAAGGUGAUUCCUUUGGACGAGCUACUUUCCAUGGUAACAAUGGUAUAAGUGUAGUUGAUUACAUCAUAUGUGAUCAAGAAUUAUUUAGAAAUACUAAUUAUUUUGUUGUAAAACCACCAACAUACCUAUCUGACCAUUGUCAAAUUAUUACAUGGGUUGGUAUCGGUCAGACAAACGAAAAAUCAGAUACCAAUCCUCGAUGUAAUAUUCAAAUGACUAAACUUCCAAACGAAUACAUUUGGGAUGACCACUCUAAAAAUAACUUUAGAGAAUCAUUAAGAUCACAAGAAAUACAAAAGAAAUUGAAUGAAUUUAAGAACUCAGAUUUCACCACUGAUUUGAACGGAACAAACCAAUGUGUAACCGAAUUCCAAAACAUCUUACUUGAAACAUCAAAAAAAAGUUUGAAAAUAAAAAAGAGCAAAAGAAGAAGAAAAAUCACUAACGUUGCCCAAAAGAAAUGGUUUGAUAAAGGACAUGACUUAAGGAAAUUAUCUAAUUUAAAACAUAGAGAUCCUACCAAUGUUGAACUUAGAAAAAACUACCAUGAUGCCUUGAAAUCAUAUAAGGCAACUCUACAGCUGAAACAAAAUGAAUUUCACAACAAAAAGAUGAAUGAAUUAGAAACAGCUAGUCAAAAUGAUUUUAACCUUUUCUGGAAAGCACUAAAGAACUUGACAGACGACCUUAAUACCGAAACUAAUUCUGAAAACUUACCAAAAAAUUAUGAAUGGUACUCACAUUUUGAACAAUUACAUCGUGAUCACCAUCUUAGUGAAGAACAAGAAAAAAUUAUCGGAAAAUUGAAACAAAAAGAAAACUCGAAAAAUCUCCUCAAUGAACUUGAUAUGGAAAUAAUUAACAACUGA